AUGUCUCGCCUCCGCAAAAUCAGCCCCUCCAUUCCCGAAAUCGCAAACGCAAUUAUCGCCCCGCGGUCGAAUAUUUCAACCUGCACAAGUACGAGAUUGGGUUCUUGCCAGAGUUUGACACCAAGAUUUAAGCAUUCAAAUCCAUUUAAGAUCUCAUAUCACGUACCCUACUCCAUCUGCCAAUCUCGUCAUUACUCCCAAUCCGUCCCCAGUAAACCUUCUCCUCCCAUCAAACCAACCUCCGUGCGAACAUCUUCUCCUUCUUCGCGUUCCCAUUCACAUCCUCCCGCGACUCACGAUCGUGGUCCGCCUUCUUCGGAAACUACACAGACGGACUUUUCGGUGCUAGAUGUAUUAGGGAAUACGCCGAUGCCGAGUACGAGUAUUGAUGCGUGUUUGAGCGAUGGGUUUCAUUUGAAUAGUGGUGUGAAGGUGGGCGGUGAUGGAGUUUUUAAGGGUGGGAAAUGGAGGGGAGGGGCUGGGGUUUUGUUGGUGGGGGGUGAGGCGUUUGGGUGGAAGCCUUGGGUUGGAGGUGCGAAGGAGGGGGAGGAGCUGGAUUUGGUUAAUAAGAAGGGUCAAUUUGAGUGCGGGGAUGAGGCGUGGGGUGUGCUGGGGUGUGUGUGGCCUAGACCUGAUCUUUUAAUCCUCGGCCUAGGAAAAGAUAUGCGACCCAUAUCCCCCAAAACCCGCGCAUACAUCAACGGCCUAGGAAUUCAAAUAGAAAUCGCAGAUACAAGGAACGCAGCCGCGCAAUUUAACCUGCUGGCGACGGAACGGGGGGUUGGAAGUGUGGCGGGAGCAUUGAUGCCGAUUGGACGGUAAAUGAGGGGGGUUACAGAUAAUAUGGCAUUGGUGUCUACGGAAUGAACAGAUAUAUAUAUUUGUACGGCUAUGGGGUAUAGAAAAUGAUAAAACAUGACGAUAAUAUACUCAAUGGACUAGAGAUGGGACGAAGGACUAUUAUCGCCAUGAAAAUAUUUCGGGGAGGAAAUGAGGAUAUUGUAAAUCAAUAGGAUGGCGGACACUGGAGAUUUAUGUCGUGGAGAUAAAAUAUCCCGCCCGUUGUAUACUGUACAUCGCAGCUCCAGGGAGUUAGUCGGUGAUGUGUUCUAUUGUAUCAUGACAUUUGUAUCGAUUCCAGACUCGAUUUGUUGACGAAGUGUGUAGAUAUGCAUAUCAGUGAGUACAAAAGUAAGAUUACAAAAGUAUGAAUACACAAUUUCGAAUGUAAAUUUCGAAUCUAGGUAGUUGUAAUAAGAUUAC